AUGCGGCCUAUCGUGGCCUUUGGAUGUGACCUCAACACCCGGGAUGAAAAUGGUCGCACCCCUCUAAUGAGAGCCUGCAUGUACCACAUUGAAGAUGAAUCGGAUGACAAAUUUGUGAUUUCAAAGGUGUCUCACUUACUGGCAGGCGGAGCGGAUGCUACAUUAGUUGAUCAGGAUGAAUCAACCGCCUUACAUCAUGCGAUUCUUAACUACAACCUUGAUUCUGUCCGCCAACUUCUGGCACACUCACCUCUGGUAUCUACCGUCAACUCCGAAGGCCACACACCUCUUCAAUGUGCAUUAAAGGGUUAUGCAGAUUAUAUCGGCCUAAUGCCCACUGGGUAUGAAUACGACGAUGUUCUCUCAAACAUCUUUUUCCAAAUCAUCCAUGAGCUUUUGGAUGCGGGUGCCGAUCCACUAGAUAUCAUGCCCGAUGGAAGAACGGCCCUACAUUGUAUAGCUUCUAGAAUCAUGGACUAUAGCAAUGUGGACCGAGAAGCGCAGAUUGAAUUGGAUGAUGGCCGCGAUAACUUUGGUGAAGCUUGCGAUCUCUAUAGAUUGUUCCUCAAUGCCGGUUGUGAUCCCGAGGCACGGGAUAGAAGCGGGGAAACGCCAAUUUUCCAUUUUGUCAAAGGCACAAAAACAUAUCAUGGGGACCCGGAGCUAGAUGAUGAUGUUCCUCGUCCCACGGCUCGAGAGGAUGUUGAAUGGUUGGCUAGAAAGCACAGUAUCCAUAGCGUCAACGACCGGGGCGAUAGUUUGCUACAUGCAAUUGCUCGGAGAGACCCGCAGGAUCUACACAUUGGCGUUCUAGAUGGCGACGAUGCUGGAUUGUUUCAAAUAUUCAUUGGUCUUGGGCUGAGCCCAUGGCAGGAAAACGGGCAAGGACAGACUCCAUUGGAUAUCGCAUCCACUUGUCAGAAGCGAUCGAUACUGGCUUUAUUUUCUCGGGAUGAUUGA